UAAUGUCUGGAUGUUGGUAGUAUGCGUCAGAUGCUGGCUAUACAUUUAUAUUUUAUGAUCAGCCUGUUAUUUUAUAUAUUGUUAUCAGGACCUUGCUGGUGAUUAUGUCUGUGCUGUGGAUUCGGUAACAAAUACUAACCAAAGGUGUAAACAGAUCAGACGCGUCCAACUAAACACUGAUUAAUAAUUAACACUUAGUGGCACCUGCUUUGAAAUACUAAUUCCAUUAUCUAUUGUGCUGAGGGUUUGCUUGGGGGAAAUUUCAAACUUAUAUUCAUGUUUUAAACUGUCAGUAUUAACUAUGAAAUAGCUGUUUGUGCUUGAAAUGAUGCUGUUCUCAUUUUAAAGGGGUAAAUGUGGAGGACUUUGAGCAUUUAUGGUAACACAGUUUGGAGGUUGCAGUAAUAUUAGUGUAAUAUGAGACUUUAUAUUUUAAGAACUCUCCAGCAGGAUUCCUGUUUAAGCAUUUUAGAGGUGAUGUCUUGGCAUUAUGUCAGCAGAGAUUUGCUAAAUUUGAAUCAAUACAGAGUCGUUACUAGACUCUAUUUUACUUUACUUAAAACUCUACUUUGGCCUGCAUGAGGAUUUUUGACUAAAAUCAUUUUGCCACCUGGACAUAUUUUUGUUUUAAAGCUUUAUUUCUGGACAGUUUUUUAUUUGAGAUAACAUUAUGCAUGUGCUUGUAGAAUUUUUUUUUAGAUAUAAUGUAAAACGAUGCACUUAUAAGAGUAGAGAGCACAGCACCCUGCUGUUCACAGCUUCUCAAUGAUUAGCCAUAGAAUAAUUACUUUACACCCCAUGAACUUUGGCAUUCCACAGCAAUGGCUAAGGUUAAUACGUCUCUGUCUGUUAGACAUUCAGGCAAGUGCAGGCAGUGUCCAUUACAUUCCAUAUUGAAGACUAAAGCGACUGUAAUAUUAGUAUAAUUACCUGCCCAAGAGAAAUGCUGAUGCCAUGCAUAUAAAUGUGUGUAGGUGACUGGUAUGAUUAGUGUGUAGUGAUGUGCUUCGGUGGUGUACAGUGGAAUUUGAAUUGGCUGAUUGACAAACCUUGUUUGUGCUGUAUAAGAAUGACAGUGCAGGCAGACAAUGGCAGAGAGAUGGCUGUGGACCUUAGUGCCAUGGAGAGGAGGCUGGAACCUGCGCUCCAAAGAGCAUGGACAAGAAGAGGAACGCCAUGUUAGAGCCAAUGACCGUGACUACAAUGAGAAGUUCAGUUACGCUGACAAUCACAUCAAGACAGCAAAGUAUACCUUCUAUACCUUUCUACCUAUUAACUUGUUUGAGCAGUUUCAACGGUUUGCCAACGCAUACUUCUUUGUUCUGCUAAUUCUACAGCUAAUCCCCGAGAUCUCCUCUCUGUCCUGGUUUACCACUAUUGUGCCUUUGGUGUUGGUACUGACUAUCACUGCUGUAAAAGAUGCAACUGAUGACUAUUUCCGCCAUAAAAGUGAUCAACAAGUCAACACACGCCAGUCUCAGGUACUCAUCAAUGGAAAGUUACAGAAUGAGAAAUGGAUGAAUGUUAGAGUUGGAGACAUUAUAAAACUUGAGAACAACCAGUUUGUUGCUGCUGAUCUGCUCCUGCUCUCCAGCAGUGAACCCUAUGGGCUGUGCUAUAUUGAGACAGCAGAGUUAGAUGGAGAGACAAACCUGAAGGUGCGCCAAGCUUUGACUGUAACCUCAGACCUCGGAGCAGACGUUGCCAAGCUUGCAGAUUUCGAUGGAGAAGUUAUAUGUGAGCCUCCUAAUAAUAAACUGGACAGAUUUACUGGGACUCUGUACUGGAAAGACAACAAGUAUCCCCUGGACAAUGAGAAAAUGUUGCUGAGAGGGUGUAUUCUAAGAAACACUGAGUGGUGUUUUGGCCUGGUCAUCUUUGCUGGGCUCCAAACCAAACUGAUGCAGAACUGUGGGAGGACAAAAUUCAAAAGGACCAGCAUUGACAAGCUGAUGAACACUUUAGUACUGUGGAUCUUCGGAUUUCUUAUCUGUAUGGGGAUCAUUCUGGCUAUAGGGAACACCAUCUGGGAGGAAAAAGUUGGGCAAAACUUCUGGGCAUACCUUCUUUGGGAUGAACUGCUAAGCAGUGCUGUCCUUUCUGGAUUCCUCACUUUCUGGUCUUACAUCAUCAUUCUCAACACUGUUGUUCCCAUUUCUCUUUAUGUUAGUGUUGAGGUGCUACGUCUAGGCCAUAGUUAUUUUAUAAACUGGGACCGUAAGAUGUACUACAGUUCUAAGGACACUCCGGCCGAAGCAAGAACCACCACCCUGAACGAGGAGCUGGGCCAAGUGGAGUUCAUCUUCUCAGAUAAAACAGGGACUCUCACUCAAAACAUUAUGGUUUUCAAUAAAUGUUCCAUCAAUGGCAAGACAUAUGGUGAUGUAUAUGAUGAGUUUGGACACAAAGUGGAUAUCACAGAGAAAACACCAUAUGUGGAUUUCUCCUUCAACCCACUUAUGGACAGGAAGUUUCGUUUCUAUGACAGCAGCCUAGUGGAGGCCAUUAAAUUGGAGGAGCCCUUGGUGCAGGAAUUUUUCAGGUUGCUAGCUCUGUGCCAUACAGUUAUGCCUGAAGAGAGAAAUGAAGGGGAACUGGUCUAUCAGGCUCAAUCACCAGAUGAAGGAGCUUUGGUUACUGCAGCCCGCAAUUUCGGAUUUGUAUUUCGAGCCAGAACACCAGAAACCAUUACCUUGUAUGAGAUGGGACAACCUGUCACCUACCAGCUUAUAGCUAUAUUGGAUUUUAACAAUGUCCGGAAGAGAAUGAGUGUUAUUGUGAGAAAUCCAAGGGGGCAUUUGAAGCUUUACUCUAAAGGAGCUGACACAAUCAUUUUUGACAGGCUAGACCCAUCCAAUGAGGACCUUAUGUACACUACCUCAGAACACCUUGAUGAGUUUGCUGGUGAAGGUUUGAGGACGUUAGCUCUGGCCUAUAAGGAUUUAGAUGAGGACAUGUUUGAUGAGUGGAUGAAGAAGCUGCUAUUUGCCAGCACAGUACUGGAGAACAGAGAAGAGAGACUUGGGGCUCUCUAUGAGGAGAUAGAACAGGGACUUAUGCUUCUUGGAGCUACAGCCAUUGAAGAUAAAUUACAAGAAGGAGUGCCUGAAACUAUUAGCUGCUUGACCCUGGCCAAUAUUAAGAUCUGGGUUCUCACUGGGGACAAACUAGAGACAGCAAUGAAUAUUGGCUACUCCUGUAACAUGUUGAGAGAUGACAUGAACGAGGUGUUCAUAAUCUCAGGUCACACCACGCUGGAGGUUCAGCAGGAGCUUAGAAAUGCCAAAGAAAGAAUUAUGGGUCCUAACAAAGAGAGGUUCACCGGUGGCCAGGAUGAGGGAAAGACUGAUAUGUAUGCCAGUGACUCUGUGUUUGAGGAAACCAUUAUUGCAGAAUAUGCACUUAUCAUUAAUGGACACAGCUUGGCCCAUGCACUGGAGGCAGACCUGGAGCAGAUCCUGUUGGAAGUGGCCUGCUUAUGUAAGACUGUGAUCUGCUGUAGGGUAACUCCUCUACAGAAAGCUCAGGUGGUGGAGCUGGUCAAGAGGCAUAAAAGAGCUGUUACCUUGGCCAUCGGGGACGGAGCUAAUGAUGUCAGCAUGAUCAAGACGGCCCACAUUGGUGUGGGUAUCAGUGGGCAGGAGGGCAUGCAGGCUGUUCUGGCCUCAGACUACUCAUUUGCCCAGUUUCGCUACCUGCAGCGCCUCCUGCUGGUCCAUGGCCGUUGGUCCUACCACCGCAUGUGUAACUUCCUCUGCUACUUCUUCUACAAGAACUUUGCUUUCACACUGGUGCAUUUCUGGUUUGGGUUUCUGUGUGGCUUCUCUGCUCAGACUGUAUAUGACCAGUGGUUCAUCACCCUGUUCAACAUAGUCUACACAUCUUUGCCUGUUCUUGCCAUGGGCUUGUUUGACCAGGAUGUGAAUGAGCAUUACAGUCUGCGCUACCCUAACUUGUACCAACCUGGGCAGCUCAAUCUCUUGUUCAACAAGCGAAAGUUCUUCAUGUGCACCAUCCAGGGCGUGUACACUUCAUUCGUCCUCUUCUUUAUCCCCUAUGGGGCUUUCCUGACUGCUGUGCGAGAUGACGGCUCCCAUAUAUCUGAUCAGCAAUCCUUUGCCGUUACUAUAGCAACCUCACUGGUCAUCGUGGUUAGCGUCCAGAUUGGUCUUGACACAAACUACUGGACUGCUGUGAACCACUUCUUUAUAGGGGGUAGUCUAGCCAUGUAUUUCGCUAUACUGUUUGCAAUGAACAGCGAUGGCAUCUUCAGAAUAUUUCCAAACCAGUUUCCAUUUGUAGGCGCAGCACGAAACUCCUUGAAUGAAAAAAGUGUUUGGCUUGUGAUUCUCCUUGUAACAGUGGUGUGUAUAAUGCCGGUUGUGGCUAUACGAUUUCUCAGGACAGACCUUCAACCUACACAAACUGACAAAGUACGUUUGCUCCAGCAGGCCAGCAGGAAGCAGGGGCCUCAGGAGCAGAACCUGAGACGAGUGCGCAGGACAAGUUCCCGCCGAUCAGCCUACGCCUUUGCCCACCAGCAGGGAUAUGGGGAGCUCAUUACCUCUGGCAAGAAUAUGAAGGUCCCCACUUCUGCUACUUCAGCUUUCCCUGGCUCAUCUCCACAGAGAAUCAAUAGCAGUUCCAGUUGGAUGGAGAACGUAGCGAAAAAGGAAACGGACAUGAACCAUAAAACAACUGCAGAUGAGACUGUGUAUUCUGGAGUUACAGAGCACUUCAGACAUGGAAGCAAGCACAGUAUAGAGACACUGUACACAAUCUGAUCAACUGGCAGACAAUACAAUAUGUAGGGCAAACUGAAAAAUCCUAGCUCAGUGAAGUUAAGGGGAUUUUUCUGUAGCCUUGUCCAAAAGCAGGGAGCUGAAUCAGGUACACUUGUAGGUACUCCAGGAAAAGGUUGUGCUACAAAUACAACUACAGAAUCUGAAUAUUUUAUUUCAUCCCAGUGUAACAUAAAGCACAGAACACUCCAGGCAACACUGCUCAGUGCUGGACUACACAGAGAGCAGUUCUGGGUGGUCAAACAGCUUGCGCAUGGGGUGGCACUAAAACAACAGCAGCAUUGCACAGGAGAGACUCCAAAGAGCAAGCAUAAUGAAGCACAGAUAAACCAACCUUCCUUAACUAAUAUCCUUGUUCAUGCAAAUGUACUCUGUUUUCUUCGGGCACUUCUAUCAAAUUAUGUGUUCCGAUUCAGUGGCUCUGAAGAACAGUAUUUAGUUUCUAUUUCAUUUCCCCAACUGACUGAGACGAGCAUGCAGAUGCAGAAAUGUUGCUUCAGACAUCCACCUUUUUGGAGAAUUUCUCUAAAGCCCUUCAUAUGCUUCCAGAUAUUGCUGAGCAAUCGAGUUUUCUGCGUGCAUAAUUUCAAUGCAAUUAUAUGAGGUACUGGUAAACUACAGUCCUCUCAGGAUUUAUGUUAUUUAUAAUUAGUUUUAUUGCUAUGACCAACUUGUAGGUUUCAGACACUUCGAGCCUCCCAUUUUAAAAGAAAGCAUUUAAGACCAAUGUUAUUAUCAAAGACAGGGUUUAAGGAGUUUACAUUUACUGAUACAGUAAUACCUCUACUUGAAUAAUUGUAAUGUUUCAUUGACAACUGGUUGUAUUGCUCGAUUUUGUUUCGUUUGUAACUUUGCUUAAUGAUUUUAAAUACACAUCAGAUGUAGUAAAGGUUUUCAUAUAAUAUGUUGUUUAAAAGAUCUUUAAGAACAGAUCAUUAAACAUCAGUGAACAAAAAUAACCCUAUUGCCCUAUGACGUUACAAUGACAUUGAUUAUUUGUAAUAAACUGCACAAUGUAAGAUUUAGACUAGAAAUGUAGAUCACUUGUGAAUUGUUAUUAUCAUCAAUAGAGCACAGCAUGUGCUGAUGGUCUUGGUUCUGGCAUUAAAGUGGAAAAAAGCUUAGCCGCGACACCGGUUGUACAUAUAGACCCCUCUAUAUGAACAUACACCGUUUAUUACUCAUUAUCCACCGUUGUAGUCAGCAUCAAGUUUGCGUGCAGACCACAGAAUGAUGAAAAGGGCAAAAGUGCAGAAGAUUAAUGUUAUAAUUCAGAGGCUACACAGAUGUGCCUUUCAUCCAUCUCCACCGACAGGUAAAGCUGUAAACAGUGACUAUGCUGUCUACAGAAAGAGUGACAAAUUGGGCAUUUGUUUCACUGUCCUUUUCCAAAAGGAAAUAUUUGUGCCUUUUUAUUUGAAUCUCAGUAAAAGAAGUAUAUUUUUGAGUUUCGUCCAGGAUUUAUCACUCUGCUAUCAAUUCUGUUUCUGUUUUGUUUUUACAUGUUAUACCUGAUGUACAGAACAUUUAAUUUAAGUAAAGAAUGUUUAUUUCAAAAUUCUAUGUUAGAAAACAUUUGUGGUUUUUUUUUCAUUUAAAACUAUGAAAAUUGUAGGUGGUUUUGUUUAUGUACAGUUUGCCUCCUUUAAUUUAACGUACCAUAUGUUUAGAAUGUAUGAGAAUAUCCUGCUGUGAAUUUUGUCAAUGAAGACCAUGCAAAUUGUUUGUGGUUUUUAUUUAUAUGCAUGGAUUUUAUACAAGCCAUUUUACUUUUAUAUGACACAUAAAAUGUCCAUUCUAAACUUG